AUGGGGGGCUAUGCUGCAUCUGCUGCCCCCCCACUGGGGCAGGCAGGAACAAAGGAAAAAGGCAAGGGAAAGCCCUUGGCAAGGAUUUUCAAAAAGGGAGACAGGGUAGUCUACAUGGGGGGUGCAGCUGGUGCGCCAUCUGUGGGCUUGGGCCUCCGCAGCACUGGCAGCCACCCGGCCCAGCUUCUGCAUGGCAUGCAGGGCGACGUUUGCAAUCUGGGGCUCAUAUCACGAAACAACCGGGAGCACCAGGCCAACCGUGGCCCCUGGCACGGCUGCCCAGGGAAAGUCGUGCUUGUCUGGAAGGACAACCCAAAGAAGGUGGGCGUGCGCUUUGACUACGCUGUGCCUGGAGGCAUCGAUCUGGAUCAUCUGUGCGAGGAUGGGCAUGGGUUUUUCUGCUCGGCGAGUGACCUGAAGAUUGAGAGCUGUAGGAGGUCCCAGGAGCAGGAGGCACUGGCGAUCGAUGCACUAUUUGAAGUGGUAGAGGAGCUUGCAGCAGAAGGGCCAGUGACGGUUGUGCUCAAGGAUGUGGAGAAGUGUGUAGCGGGCACGGGGGAGAGGUACAGCCACUUCAAGUGCCGCCUGGAUGCCCUUCAUGGUCCCGUGCUGGUGGUUGGCCUGCACGCGUCAGAUGCACGGCGGGAUCGGGCACCGGGGGGGCUGUUCUCAAGACUGGGGCCGUCGCCAGGGGCUCUGCUUGAGCUCGGCUUCCUGGACAGCCUGCGAUGGGAAGACAAGGCCAUCCAGCGCUCUGAGUCGUCAAAGGCCAUGAAGCUGUUGUUGCAUCUCAUGCCCAACCGCUGCACCCUCCAUGCCCCCUUGUCAGAGCCCCUGCAGGCCGAUUGGAAGAAGCUCAUAGAGCAGGACAUCAAUCUCAUGCGCGAAGACUCAAAUCGGCGGCGGAUCUCAUCCAUCCUGAUUCAAUGCAACGUUGACUGUCCUGAGAUUCAAUCUGUCAUCAUCAGGGACACAACGCUCCGACAGGACAAUGCUGAGAGGCUGGUUGGGCUCGCAGCAGCUCACUGCCUGAAGAAGACCGAGCAGCCAGAAGUGGUGCGUGGGCGGCUGGUGCUGCGGGCAGAGGACUUUGUGGCGGCAGCAGAAGUGUACCGCGACCUGCAGACAGAGAUGAUGCCAUCACGGCUGGGCUUGAAGGAGAUCACAACAGACAACGAGUAUGAGAGGAGGCUGCUGGGCGAGGUUGUGCCACCUGAGGAGGUCGGCGUCGGCUUUGAUGACAUCGGGGCUCUGGAAAGUGUGAAGAGAACCCUGAAGGAAGUCGUGAUGCUGCCCUUGCAGCGGCCAGAGCUCUUUGCCCGGGGCCAGCUGUUGAAGCCGACGAAGGGAGUCCUGCUGUUUGGGCCGCCAGGCACGGGGAAGACCAUGCUCGCAAAGGCGGUUGCUGCUGAGUCAGGUGCAAACUUCAUAAACGUGAGCGUGGCGACCGUGGCCUCCAAGUGGUUUGGCGAGGGCGAGAAGUACGUGCGCGCGCUGUUCUCUCUGGCCCACAAGAUCGCCCCCAGCGUGAUCUUCAUCGACGAGGUGGACUCCCUCUUGGGGCGGCGGGACAAGAACGGCGAGCACGAGGCCAUGCGCAAGAUCAAGAACGAGUUCAUGGCGAGUUGGGACGGGCUGAGGACCAGGGAGAGCGACAGGGUGCUGGUCUUGGCGGCCACCAAUCGGCCCAUGGACCUGGACGAGGCUGUGAUACGCCGGAUGCCGCGCCGGCUGCUCGUGGACCUCCCCAACCGGAACAACCGUGUCAAGAUCCUGAACGUCAUCCUUCGAGAGGAGGAGCUGGACUCGUGCUUCAGCUUCGACGAGCUGGCCGGCAUGACUGAGGGCUACUCUGGCAGCGACCUGAAGAACAUGUGCCUAGCGGCUGCCUUCCGACCGGUGCGAGAUCACCUGGCAGCAGAGAAGAGGGCCCUGUCAGAGUCAAAGGGCGAGAAUGUUACGGAUGAGCCAACGGGGCCCUCGAGUCGGUCGCAGGGGUCUGAUGACGUCACCAUGCCAGAGGCGGAGAGGGCUGCAGAAAGCAGUGGGGAAGACAACGGGCCGAUGCUGGCCAGCGGCAGCAUGCUGAGGGAGGCGUCAGGGGACUUGGGGCAGUCGACGAUUUUGUCCCUGAAGCCAUCGGGCUCGGGGGUUGGCCAGGAGGAGGCUGCGGCCAGGGGCCGGCGACCCACAGUGAAGCUGAGGUCCAUCACCAUGGAGGAUCUGAAAGAAGCCAUGAAAGAGGUCGGCUCCAGCGUGUCUGCGGACGCGGUGAGCAUGACGGAGCUGCGGCAGUGGAAUGAGAUGUACGGGGAGGGCGGCAGCCGGCGAGCGACCUCUCUGCCGUACUUCCUUUAG